AGGACCACCGUUCAGUAGAGCAGUAGCUAUAGUGACGCUGACGCGACCAUGACGGUGCGCAGCCUCGCUAUCACGCCGCAUCCAGUGCGCAUGCCCGGCACCAUCACCGUCACCGCUGACGUCAGCAUCCCGCAGACGAUCAACCGACUCAAGAUGGCCGUCGUCAUACGCAAGAUGGUGCCGCUGCUAGCCAAUCUCGAGAUCCCGCUGCCCUGCAUACAGUCCAUCGGAUCGUGCACCUACGAUGACGUGUGCUUUGCGGAGUCCUUACAAUGUCCGCUAGAGGCCGGAGAGCAAGAACAGUUGACGGUGUCAGCGACUGUAGACGAAGUACCAGAGGAGCUCAGGAUCCUAGUACAGGUAGACACGCACGCACACAGGCGCUGA